AUGCAGGUUCAUUCUAGAACUAUCACAAUCCAGCUUAUCUCUGGUGGUAGUAAAUCUGAACCCCUAGGUUUCCUUUGAGAUCAGUGCAACGUAAAAUAUGUGCUCAAUAAAAUGUGUCUUAUUUUCUCAUUACGUUUCGUAUUGACAACACAGAUCAUAUAAUUGAUGUUAAUAAAGGUAACAUUCCUUUUGAGUAUGACCAAGUCAAUAUCAUUUGCCCUGUCUAUUCUCCUGGCACUAAAGAUGAAGAUGUUGAGAGGUAUAUUAUUUAUAAUGUGUCAAAAGAAGAAUAUGAUUCAUGCCGCAUAACAAAUCCCAGUUCCCGUAUCAUUGCUCUCUGUGAUAAGCCUCAUCAACUUAUGUACUUCACCAUCACUUUUCGAUCAUUUACGCCACAGCCAGGAGGUUUAGAGUUUAAGCCUGGCCAGGAUUACUAUUUCAUAUCAACGUCUGGCAACAGAUCUGAAUCACUGCACCAAAAAAUAGGAGGAAGAUGUGCAACACAUAACAUGAAAGUUAUUUUUAAAGUUUGCUGUGAGCCUACAAAAUCAUCUACAGAAUCAUCUAGUAGUUCAAGUACUACAGUUUCUUCAACUACGUCAUCAUCUACAAUAGCUUCCACAACAAUGUAUCGCUUCAGCCGGCCAACAAUGCCACCUUUCCGUCUUCCGCCAAGUAUCUAUACUAGCAAACUUCCUCCUACAAAAUAUGAUUUUCCACGAGAGGAAGAGCGUGGGAAAGUGUCUUCUAAGAAAACAGAAGACAGAGAUAAAUUGCCAAAUGAAACAAGAGCUAAAAAUGAAGAACUUGUGAAUAAUGCUGCCGUAACUUUUAAAGCACAGCAGAACUGUAUCACAACAAUGUCAUUGCUAUUGCUAACCUUGUACCAGUUUCUUGCAAGGUGAACAUUACCUGAAUUAUCAACUGUAUAGAAUAAUUUGUAACAUUGUGUAAAAAAAAGAUUAAAAAAAAAAAGGAGUCCACAUUUUCCUUGGCUGUGAUAGCUGCAGGAAGCAAUCUUAGGAAAAAUUAAAUGUGAAAUCAUCAUCUGGUCAUGAACUUGGUUAUCUUGGUACUUUUAUUCACUUAUGGGAAGUUAAAUACGUCAUUAAAGAAAACUUUUAAAAAUUCAGUGAAGAAGAAUCUAUUCCCUAUAGUGCUAUAUUUGUAUUCUUCUGGAACAAAACAAACAAAAAAUCUUUUUAGGUAUUUGUUUUCUUGUGUGCUUUUAUUUUGUGAUUAAAAUCUGUGGAAUUGAAAGGCGAAUGAUCAGCAUAUUUUCCUUUGAUUGUACUUUUAUUUAUUUUGUAAAUGACCAAUGUAUAAAGUUAUUCCAAUGUUCAUAAUCUAAUUUUUGAAAAAAUUAAUUAAUUUUUAUGGAAGAGGCACUGCUUCAUUUGUGCUAAGUCAUUAAACCUGGAAAGAUAGGAUUUAUAAUACUGAUGCACAGAUUAUUUGUCACUGCAAUCAAUGAACAUUUCAAGUCUGUAAGUUCAUUUAUAUGUAGAUGGACUCAUUGAACAUGAUGCUUCAGUGUAAAGCAGUAGCAUCUGUUGGAAUUUUGCUUUAUAUUGACUACUGAAGUUAUGGAGGAUUUAAGAUGUUUGGCAUUACUGUGAUCUGUUUGUAAGUAUUCUAGAAUGUCUUGUGGAUUUUGUUUAUAACUGUAAUGUGUAGAGAUAUUCAAGAUUCCUUUUAAUUUACUUAAUAGUGUGUAAAGUAUUUUAAUGUAUUUUGAUAUUUUAUUGGAAUAUGACAACUUCAUAUUUUAUGUAUGUGACAGAAAAUUUUUUUGUAAACAAAGGAAUUUAACUAAUGUGUUAAUUUUUUAAACAUACCAUUCAUUCAGAUUUUAAUGUACAUAUUUAAAACAAAAUAUUGAUGCUGUUAAUUUUACUUUUUAGAAAAAUUGUAUUGUUUGGUGUUCUUUUCCCUUAGUUAUCUGUAUGAAUUUUUAUGCUUAGUUUUGCAGUUGGAAAACAACAACAACAACAUGCAAGUAAUAUUUGUUUUUAUAAUUUCACUAUUACCUAUCAAACAUAGCAAAUGAUGAUUCUUUUCAAAUGCUAAGACAUUUUGAGAAACCUACAUUUUGUGUAAAAUGUUCCAGUAAAUGAGGAAGUUUUUAUGAAUGAUGGACAAACAGUGAUAAUAGGUCUUGUUUAAUAGUGUAGUUAUUAGAACUUGAGUCUUCCUCAUGACUCGAUUUUCCAAUAAAUUACUCGUAAUACAUACAUUUCCAAUGCUUAAGCAGUUUUGCCUUUUGCAUUAUCUACUUAAUAUUCUGAGUGAAUAACUUCAAGAUAUUUCAGUAGCUCUUUAGAGUUGCAGGGAAAAUAAGCGUGCCAAAUUUUUUUGCCGUCUUGCAUUUGGAAAGUGCCUUACUUUUCUUAAUAGUAUCAUCCGGAAGAAGAAACUUUAGAAACUCUUUAAAAAAAAAAAGAUCCUUGGGGGGAAAAAUUAAUAAAUAUAUUUUAGCUUUUAUACUUUUAAUUCAUUUUGUUGUUCUCUAAACAAUUUAUAGAUGUUGUUAAGCAUUUAGGCUUACAUUUUUUAAUAAUACAGUGUAGGAAUUACAUGGUUUAUAAGUGCCAAAUUUUCUCUUUCCGGUAUCAGCGCUUUUGCGAGAUUUAAUAGCUGCGAAGAUUAAUGCUUCUUAAUAUAUAACUCAAGUCUUUUUCAGUACUCUAGCUCAAUGUAUGUAAAAAAAAAAGUAUGAUUUUCAAACAAAUUUUUUGUAAAAUCUUUUGAGGUUGUUACUUUGUGUCCAAUGCAUACUUAUGUUGAUGCUAUAUUUCAAUAUUGUGCAUAUUCUUUGUUUUGGAAGUGAAUUUUGUACAUAAUUGUAUAAAGCAAAUAAAAUAAGUCUGAUGCUUUGUUAA